UCGGGGGUUUGGGGGACACGCCGCGGUUUUGGGGACAGGGGAAACCCCACCAGYGCGGGGGAGACACCUCAGCCAGAGCCCACCGUGUCCCACUGAGCAUCCCUCCCUCUCCCCGGCCCCCCCAGGACGCGGCGGCGAUGCUGUGACCUACAUUCGCGACAAGGAGGUCCCCAGCCCGCCGCCACCGCCGCCGGGCCAUGAAGCGACACAAGUGACGGGGCCGGCGUGCCCGCGGCCAUGGCCAGCCCGGCACCAUGGCUGCGCUGGACACAAACAGAGCUGACGCGCUGGCGGGGCGAGGACGACGACGAGGAGGAGGAGGAGGAAGAAGACGACGACUUUGAAAGGCGGAUGGACGAGGAUGGGGUCAUCGGCCUGGGGGAGGGGGCCAGGAGCCCACCGUGGGGUGACAGCGAGGAGCCGGAGGAGGGGUCCCCGGCAGAGGAGGGGCGCUGGCAGCCACGGCAGCAGCUGGCCGAGGAGGAGGAGGAGGAGCGGGGCAGCUCCGGGGGGGACAGCGAUGGGGAGCCCUACCCCGAGCUCUCCUCCGAGGGCCGCUGGGGCUCGGGCUCCAGCGCCAGCCCCGAGGCGCUGCGGGACGGCCGCGCUCUCUGCCGGCCCCGGGGCUGCAGCACGGACGGGGGRGACACCUCCGGGCUGUCGGACAGCAGCCCUGGCCCUGCCAGCCCGUCCCGCCAGCACCGGGGCUGGGGCCCGGCCGGGAACACCGUCGAGGGGUGCAGGCAGGAGUGGACCCCGAGACGGAGCCUCCCUCUGCCCCUCUCCRCCGAUGACCCCAGCCCCGAGCCCGUCCCCGAGCCCCCGACAGCUGGCACAGGGCUGCCAGCCCCCGGCCCCGCUGGCUCGGCACCCUCCGGGGAGCCCCGGGACCCCGGGAAUGCCCGCCCAGGGCACGGCAGAUCCCGAGUGCCCAAGAAAGCGGCGCCCGCCGUGGUGCCCCCCAAGCCCCGGCAGUCGCGGUCCCUCAGCCCCCGGAGGCGAACGGGGGGCAAGGGGACGAGGGAUCCCUCGGGAACGGGCACCGAGGGCACCCGGUACGGCCGAGGGCGGCUCAACCACCCCCUGCCCGACCUGUCCAAGGUGGAGGCGCGGGUGAAGUUCGACCAGAGCUACCGCCCGCCCCGGGGCCGGGUGCUGCCCGCCCGCCCCCGCGGCCCCAUCGGCUUCAAAUCCCCGGCCGAAAUCGUGCGGGAGGUGCUGCUGAGCAGCGGGGAGGGGGUCCCCGCGCAGCCCCCCAGCACGGCCGGGCUGCCGCAGGAGCUCCGGUCCCCCAGACAAGCGACCGCGCUGGUGCAGCAGCUCCAGGACGAUUACCACAAGCUGCUGACCAAGUACGCCGAGGCCGAGAACACCAUCGACCAGCUGCGCCUGGGCGCCAGGGUGAGCCUGUUCUCCGACCCGCCGCAGCCCAGCCGCAGCCUGGCCAUGGGAACCGUGGGCACCGGCUGCCGAGUGAUGACCCUCAGCAUCCCGCAGGCACGGACAGCGGCUCUGGGCAUGGCCACAGCCCCGGCCACAGCGCCGGCCACCUCACCAGGUGCAGCUGCAGCCCCGGCACCGUCAGAGCAGGGGAGCUCAGCCCAGCCCCGGUGYCCCCCUCAYCCCGGAGGGGGCUGCCCCACCUGCCCCGGGCUGUGCUGCUGCCCGGGACCCCGGCUGACCCGGGCACUGGAGGGGCAGAGCCGCCGGCUGCAGGCACAGGUGGAAUCCUUCGAGAGCUGGAUGCGUGCGGGGACCCCCACGSCCUCGGAACAGCUCCAGAGGAUGAGGAUGCUGAAGGACGCGCAGGAUGCCCUGGAGCGGGAAUACCUUCGGGGCCGGCAGCUGCUGCCGGGGGCUGCGGGGGGGUUUGACCCUGACCGGGCGGUGGAAGGGGAGAUUUACCGCCUGGGGCUGCGCCUGGAGGGGCUGAAGGAGCGGCUGGAGCCGGGGGGCAGGCGGCAGCCCCUCUCUCAGCCCCUCCCGCAGCCCCUCCCGCAGCCCCCACCGCAACCCCGCUGCCCCCCAGCCCCGUCCCCACCGCCGGCCGCCCACUCCCCGGCCCCCGAGAGCCCUGCGCUGGUGGAGGCUCCCMGGGGGACAGCGGGGGACAGCGAAGGGGUGGCGGGGSYGCUGCCCUGGCCCCUCUGGCACAAGCAGCGCCAAGUGGAGGAGGAUUUCGGGGAGCUGCUGGAGCAGUACCAACAGUUGAAGUCGUUGCCGGAGUCGCUGAGCCUGGAGCGGCUGAGCCUGGCGGGGAGCGGGUCCCAAGAGGAGGUGGACGCACCCCCAGCAGGGGACGGUGGCCUCAGCGAGGUCCCCUGCAGGACACGGUCAYUCGAGGAGGGGGCCGAGCUCCAGACCCUGCCCUUGCACCUCCUGGAGAGAAGAGCUGCGACACUUCCCCCCAAAGGCCCCCCWAACCUGGGGGACACACGGGGCCAUCCAUCCCCUGCCGCUGCUGAGGAGCCACCGGCGGCUGCCACCCCCUCCCUGGGGGUCCCCGGGCCACCGCGGGUGUCCCUGUCCCGCCGCAGCAGUGGCACGGGCAGCGCUGCCACCCAGCACGGGCUCCGCAAGGAGCAGCGYAUCGUGUCCCCGGAGACCGACAGCGGCUUCGUGGGCUCGGAGGCCAGCAGAGUGUCCCCUCCCGUGCACACCCCCGAGCACCACGGCCCCGGCGCUGGGACUCCGGGCUUGCUGGGACCGUCCAUCCCCCUCCCCAUCGCCAUCCCCACUGCCCUCCGCACCCCACGGAAGAGAGAGACCACCCCGCUGCCCUCCGAGACAGCGCUGCUGGGCAUCUACCCCCCGAGAGGGCAGGGGGGCGCGGGGGGACCCCGGCUGCCCCCCAGCAGCCCCUCCCAGAGCAGCUCCCCCCCUCGCUGGGCCGAGAGCGCGGGCAGCGAGGCAGGGCCGGACCCCGAYGGUGACAGCGCUCACACGGACUCGGAGGCGGGUGACAGGAGCUGUGCCAGCACCGGUGGCCACCCCGCGGCCAUGGCCAGGAGCCCAACCAGCCCCCUGCCAUCCCCCGAAACGCCAUCCCCCACCCUCCUGUCCCCCGAGCUGCCGUCCCUGGAGCCGGCUCCCUGUGACCUGCUGGGCUCCCGCCUGGAGCGCGACCAGGCCAUCCGGGCGCUGCAGGACGAGGUGUGGCGGCUGCGGCGGCGGCUGGAGGAGAGCCUGCGCCGCUCCCGGAGCUAUCCCGAGGGAAGAGCCGCUCCCCGCGCCGCCCCGGCCGGCCGGCAGCCGCUGGCCAGCGGACCAUCGUCCCCCCAGGACGCGCCACCCUCGGGGGACCCGGGCCCGCCGGUGCGAGGCAGAGUGGCCCCUGGGGUCACAGCCACGAGGAGGGAGAGGUCGGCAUCGCUGCCACGGGACAGACCGGAGCUGGAGCUCGGUCCGGAGCUCGGCCCCAGCAGAUCCCACCCCUCUUCCCUGAGCUCCACCGCAGCCUCCGAGUCUGACCCCGCACCCGCCGCGCCCCGGGCGCCCCCUCCCCUUCGGAAGCACCUGGGGACACCCCCGGGGACGGUGACAUUUCGGGGACAGUGCACAGGGACACGGUACCAGGUGGGGACAUCACGUGCCACCCCGGCACCCCGAGAGGAGCCGGGCACCCCGGGGUGUCCCCGAUGUCACAGGGGCAGGACRGCAUCGGCUGGAUUCGGGGGGCAGCCCCAGCACAGCACCCCCAGGAGAGCAUCCUGCCCCAGCUGCCGGGCACCCCUGGGCCCCCCUGCACCGGGCAGCAGGGACAGAGCCACACACGCAGAGCGUGGCCCUGGUGGCACCUGUCCCCCAGGCCCCAGUGCUGGAGCCGAGAAGCCGGAGCCACCCGGAAUUUGGUACCUGGCAGCUGCUCCUGCUGCCACCGCUGCCACCGUCUGCCUGGCACCCGUCCCCCUCGUGCCUUACGUGCCCUCCGUGCUCUACUGCUCGCCAGCAGUUCCUACCUCAGCCCCAGCCCCAGCCGGGGUCCCCAUCGCUGUCACCCGGCGGGCAGAGCGUCCCCCCCGGCCCCGGGGCCACCACCGCUGCCUGAGCCUGGACCUGGAGGAGCUGGAGGAGCUCAACUGGUCACUGGGCCGGGCCGUGGAGGCUGCCCAGAGCGUCCGGCUGACCACGACCCGCAUGAGCCGGGCACUGGCCGCAGAGCUGGGCCGGCCRCGGGGUCUGCGCGGCUCCUGCCUCUUCUGAGAGCCCUCCSUGCCACGGCAGYGAGAGGAGGAGGAGGAUGGGCYCCCCUCAGCAUCCCUGCACCGGCUGCUCCCUGCCAAACCUGGGGCCAGCAGGGCUGGAGCCAUCUCCAGGCUCCUGCCCUGGCUGCCAUCCCUUCCUGCUUGCAGUGUUUGUCCGUCUGUCUGUCCCUUUGCAGCACACCCCGAGCUGCAGGAGGGGCAAGGUGUGGGUAGGAUCCUCCUGGGACCUCCAGCACCGUCCCCUGGGACCAAGGAGGUGGCCCCAUGUCCCCCCCUGGGGUAGUGACCACCCCAACCCAAGCACUUCUGGGGAUGCUCUGACCUUGUGCAGGCCCUGCAUAGGUUGAGCCCCCCUUGGCAGCUGUGUUUACCUCUGUGCCUGCGUGGGCAGAAACCCCUGGAAUUCCCUGGAAUUCUCUGGAUUUUCCUGGAAUUCCCUGAAAUUCUCUGGAUUUCCCUGGAGUUCUCUGGAAUUCCCUGGAAUUCCCUGGCAUUCCCUAUUCCACCCCUUUCCCAGCCUUUGGGCCUCCUCGAGGUCUCAACCCCUGCGCCCUCUGCCCUUGGACUUGAACCCAGCAGGAUCCUCCCUGGGAAAACUCCAUUUUUCUGUGGUUUUCAUGUGAAUUUUUUAGGUAGUAAGCAGCUGAACCACUCCUUUGAGCGCUGACUGAUCUGUGAUGUGUGUGUGUGUGAUAUAUAUGGAUCUAUAAAUGGAUAUAUCUGGAUAUAGACAUAUCUAUAUAUUAAAUUACAGAUCUAUAUCUAGAGAGACAGAUAUAUAAAUCUGUGUAUAUACAGAUUUAUGUCUGCUCCUAUAGAUAUAUCUUUAUAUAGAUACAUAUAUAURAAUAUAUUCUGGUUUGCAUUUCCAGCACAACCUUUAGGGCAUUUUUGGGAUUUUUUUCUGGACAUCCCUGGAGGUGGCCGCUCACAGCAUCAUCCAGGCAGCAAAUAAAAGGGAGGAAUUGAGGUUUUUUUCCCUGGAAUUCCCAGGGAAUUUUGGGCUGGUGGAGAAUUCACCCAGUGAGCCCGAAGCAGCUGUGGGGUCUGUCCCUCCCAGCUGAGUUCCUCAUGAGGAAAUGCCUGAUGUUUUUAGGGAAUUGGGUAUGGUCAGAGCAGCUUUUCCUGGGAUGGGCCCAGCCCAAUCCCCUGCUCCAUCCCCGGCCUGUGUUUUUCUGUAGGACCUACCUGAAGUGCCAGUGUCAAAUGUAUUUAUUUCUGUUUUGAUUUGCUGUACAAACACCCACAUUUGAGGGUGGGAUCAGUGAGGAACUCGGGACUGGAGCUUUUCAAGCUGUUCUUGAGCCUGAUCCUGACACAAGCCUAGAGGGGCUGGGAAUGGGGCUGCCCCCCCUGCUGCCCUUUUGGGGUGGUUUUGGGGAAUUUUGGAGAGCUUUGGGGGAUUUUAAAGAGGCCUGGGGGAUUUUAAAGAGAUUUUUUUGUGUCUCUGCUGGCCUCUGCUCAUGCCCCAAGCUGGAAGCUGUGACCCACUCCCAGCCUAGCCAGGCUGUGAUGGGAGCAUGUGGAAAGUGUGUUAAUUAUCCCAAACGCAGUAGCCGGGACCAAAUGAUGUUUUUUUUCCCUUUAUCCCCUAUUUUUUAACGCCCUGCAGAGCCACCGAGGUGGUAUUUUGUACAAAGAAACCUAUUUUUGAAGGAAAUAAACGCGGU